AUGGGCGGCGCGCGUCUGGCCUCCCCUGCUGCAUACCCGAGGGCGCGCAUCGCGCGAUCGAUCGCGACUGCCUGCGCGUCACACUCGUGUCACACGAUACGCCAUAGGCACCGGAGGUCCAGCUUGUACGGACGUUGUCGAAGCGGCAGUUUGCAUGGCCCUGGUGUCGUUACCUCGCGACUACGUUUGUACACGUGGCAUAUGAACGAUAAAGAACAAGCAGACGGGAAGGAUUGUGUGAUGUUUGAGGUCGUUGUGGCCAAGUGGCCGGGUUCGAAGGAUGUUGCAGCAGUUGUGGAGCGGUUGAAAAGUCUUCCCGAAGUUGAAGCUGUCUUUCCGGAGUGCACUGGAGCAGAGGUAAAGUUGCGCGUGCGUACGUCGCCAACAGCGCUGUACUCCAAAAUUAUAGAGUUUUUACAGGGAGAGCUGCCCGCGGUACAGAUGACGCUGCGCACGCGCAUCUUCCAGAUAGUGCACCUUCAAGUCGAAGGCCUUCGUUGCGAUGGAUGUGCUCGCAAGGUCACUGCAGCGUUGGAAAACGUGCCGGGAGUUGUUCGGGCACAUGUCCUGUUGGGUCUCAAGCGGGCACGCGUUGCUUUGGAUCGCCAGGUGCCUGUGUCGGCGCUGAUCCAGGCGACGAACGCCGUUGGUAAGCAGGUCACACUCAUAUCAAAAGACGUGGAAAUGAGUUGUAUCAGUGACGCGGAUGAUACCUCCGAAGCGCUCCGUUAUAACUGUGGUUGCGGAGAACCGAGCUGCGUCGGCGCACUCGAGCCGCGGCUUCGAGGUGAUGCGGGCGUUCGCGUGAACCGCGAAGAGCUGGACACCAUGGGAUGCCUGGUGAAUCCAGUGGGCAUCCUGGAUCUUUCGCAAGCUGCUUGCGGUUGUGGAAAGCGAGCCUCGACUCGUGCGUGUUGCUCAUCGAAAUCUCUGAAAACAAUGGCCGUAGACGAGAGCGCUACGACUGAGAAGACCUUGAAAAAGGAAGCGCUCCAAGACAAAACAAAUCUUGUCCGUACAACUUUCAGUGUUCGUGGUAUGUCGUGCGCUACCUGCGUUGGUGCCAUAGAGACCGCACUUCGUCGUCUAGCUGGUGUCCAGAGCGCUUCUGUGACGUUGCUCAGUCAGAAGGCAACAGUAACGUAUGAUGGCAAUAUCGUAGACGCCGGCCGGAUCCAGGCAUAUAUUGCGUCCAUCGGCUACGGCGCCGAACUGCAAUCCAAUGAGACACUCACGGAUGGGUCGGCAUCGCAUCCGAAUCGAAGCGGUACCGUGGCGGGCUCCGACCGAAUGCCAUUAGUGCUAUGUUUUACAGACCGACUCAAAGCGGACGAGGCAGUAGCUGCGCUCCAAAGGACUGCUGUGGCGAAGACAUUCAACCUAGUCGAGCAAAAAUCCACAGGAGAAAUGGACGCUAACGCGGCGCUUCCUUGGUGGCAAGCGCUUUAUCGUCAGUGGCUGUGCAUGCGCAAGCGGCCUGCACCGCGCUACGCGCUCCAUAUAUGGCCGAGAGAUGAGCAAUCUAUCACGAAUAUCAGCAAAAACAUGGAGGUUUCGCCAGAGGCAUCUCAACUGAAUCCAUACGCUAGAAUCGUCGCUGUUUUGCAGAGUGCUGGCCUCGGUGGCAGCUUCGACAUCAAAGAUGCACCCAAUGCCGCUAAGUCGCAGGACCCCGCUGAGACAUUGGCAGCGCGUCUACACCGAGAGGCGUUGGAAUGGUUGGGACGUUUUGCCUUCGCGCUGGUGUUUACGAUUCCUGUACUGGUUAUCAGUACUGUUCUAAUGAAUUUACCAAUGCCACCGCCUUCCUUGAGGGCUCAGGUUGGCGGCUCUGCGCUCCAGGUCGGCAAUUUGGUUGCCCUGGUGCUCACAACUCCUGUUCAGUUCAUUGCGGGCUAUCCUUUCUACAGGGGCAGCUACUACGCGCUGUUGAAGAGGCGUCGAGCGAACAUGGACGUGCUCGUUGCGUUAAGCACAUCCAUUGCCUAUUUCUACUCGCUGAUUCUCGUGAUUCUGAAUGGCGCCAAUGUGCGGUUUGGAAGCGGUCCCGCAUUUGACACGAGUGCCCUCCUCAUUACCAUUAUCAUUCUUGGUAAGUGGAUGGAGACUGUGGCAAAACGCCGUGCCGCAUCGGGUAUUGAGUCCUUGUACGCGUUGCAGCCGCAGCGAGCCUUUUUAAUGGCCCGUAUAACACAACGGUCAGAUGAUGCUUCCUGCACCAACGAGGGUUUGAAUGAGGUACCCCAGGAACCUUGCGAGCGGAAGCCCGCGGCGGAGCGCGACACCAUUCCUGGACAUCCGCCCGAGCCGCUUACUGCCGGCAUACAUACUGCCCAAGCAAUGGAGAGCACCAGCGAGCCUGCCGUGCGAACCUCGGAUGCUUUGCCUGUAUCAACUGGGAAAAGUGGUAGCCUCCCGGUUGCCAGCGAUGAGCAGUAUCGCGGCAUCGGAGAUAUCGACGCAAAACUGCUCGACGUUGGCGAUAUUAUCGGAAUCAAACCUGGUGAACGAUUUCCCGCAGACGCGAUUGUACUCGAAGGAAGCAGCACCGCCGACGAGUCCAUGUUGACUGGCGAGUCGAUGCGCGUCCCCAAAGGCCCCGGGGCUAUCGUCUACAGCGGCACCGUCAACGGGAGCCAUCCGCUCAUUGUGCAGGCGACAGCCGUGGGCGCUGACGCGACGCUUUCGCAGAUCAUUCGUCUGGUUGAGGAGGCACAGGCCCAGCGAGCACCCGUAGAGGCCAUUGCAGACGGCAUCGCCGCUGUUUUUGUUCCUGGGGUUCUCGUGAUCGCCCUGGUCGACUUUUUGGUGUGGAUGGCGCUCGCCCAAAGUAGGGUGAUUCCAUCGAGUUGGUACAGCGGCAAGGGCGGACCAGUGCCAUUUGCGCUUCUGUUCGCGAUAUCCACCCUGAUCAUUGCCUGUCCCUGUGCGCUGGGACUCGCCACGCCCACCGUCAUUAUGGUGGCGACGUCGCUGGGAGCACAUUUGGGAGUCCUUUUCAAGAGCGGCAUCGCGUUGGAGGCGCUGCGCAGUGUCCGCUGCAUUCUGUUCGACAAGACGGGGACGCUAACCAUGGGCAGACCUGCUGUGACACGGCAUCUUCUUCUGCAAGAGCUGGAGCCGUCCAUCGAGCAUGGCCCGUCUUCGAGUGAGCGGGAGGAGGCAUUGCUUCUGAGUAUCGCAGCAAUUGAGGAGCACUCCGAACAUCUGCUUGCUCGCACAUUGCUCGACUAUAUUCGCCAACGGAUUCCAGAUGCGGUACUGCCGCUUGCUCGCGCGCUGCAUGUGGAACCGGGCCUCGGCAUUCAGGGCAUCGUCGCAGAUCACACGGUUCAUAUUGGCUCUCCGACGUGGAUCUUGCAAGUUUGUCGAGAGACACCCACGGAUUUCGCGGAUACGCAGGCGGUACCCCUGGAACAUAUCGAGCAGAAACUCCGUGCAAUCGAAGCUGGUGGAGCAACGGUGGUGGUUGCGGCACGGAACUGGGUGCCGCAGGUUGCCUUCGCCAUUGAGGACCCCAUCCGACCAGAAUCGGCUGCAGUGAUAACGACUCUGAGCAAACGCCUGCACAUAUCGUGCUGGAUGGUAACUGGGGAUCAGGCAGCCGCUGCUCAGCGUGUAGCGGAACGAGUCGGUAUCCCUACGACACGCGUGAUUGCUGGGGCCUUACCAUGGCAAAAAGCGCAGGCGGUUCGCGCAUGUGUGGAAGCAGCCGAGCGCGGAAAGUUGCCGAAAGCGGCUGUGGGAUCGGAGCCAGCACCGCCCGUGCCAUGGAUGAUCGAGGCGCUCCAGGCGGAGUCGCCAACGCAGGAUAAUUCAUCGAAGAAGAAAGCAUGGCGUCAUCGGUAUCGCGUGGCUUUCGUCGGAGACGGUCUCAAUGAUGCGCCUGCACUUGCAACGGCAGACGUUGGCGUCGCGAUGGCCGCUGGGACCCAGGUUGCAGCCGAAGCCGGACAAGUUGUCUUGAUGCGGGACCAGUUGUAUGAUCUAUUGGUCGCAAUCGACCUCUCUCGUGCUGCAUUCCGCCGCAUCUCGCUGAACUAUGUCUGGGCACUUGGCUAUAACCUUGCAGCGUUGCCACUUGCUGCGGGGCUAUUCUACCCGGCAUGGCAGCAACAGGUUCCACCAUAUAUUGCUGCGAUCGCCAUGGCAGCGAGUUCAGUCUGUGUGACCGUAUCGAGUAUUCUUCUGGAACUCUAUCGCCCGGCUCGGUGGUGCAGGUUGUCUUCGACGGUCCACAGCCCAGCGUUGCGCAGUUCGAAACACGAAAGAACAUGA